AUGAACGCGAUACUGUACAUUGCAGUCGCGUCAUGCACUCUUGUCGCGUGCGGUUUCGGAGAUGCAGGCGAAAUACAAUUGGUUGGGGACGAUUUAGAAAAUACUGCGCUUUGCUCUAACGAUAUCAAAGAACAGUUCGCCAAUAUGUCGAACAUAGAAAAAAGCCGCGAACUACAAAAGUUAGAAGCACAGAACACGUCGGCGCUACAGAUGAUCGAUAUGAUGAGCCAAUAUGUGCACUGGGAUAGAUUCCUGUACGACUUACCAAUAAUGGUCACUGAAAUCGGCAAACUGAUGUUGUUCUCGGACAAACAUGACUUCACAUUGAACAAAGAUGGUGCCACCUAUCAGUACAUUCAGAGACAUGAAUCGUUCAGAGCAUCACCUGUACAGGUUGGCAGAAACGCCAUAAAUAUAGUGGAUUACAGUGCUUCGGGAUGUUUUCAGCUAGACAAGAAAUUGCACAGGAAUUGA